UCCAUCAUCGUUCACAAGUUUGACUUCUCAGACGAAGAGAUCAUGGCGUACUAUAUCUCCUUCCUCAAGACCCUGUCACUCAAACUGAACAACCACACCGUACACUUCUUCUACAACGAGCACACUAAUGAUUUUGCCCUGUACACGGAGGCCAUUAAGUUCUUCAACCACCCAGAGAGCAUGGUCCGCAUCGCAGUCAGAACCAUCACACUGAACGUCUACAAGGUCUCAUUGGACAACCAGCACAUGUUGCACUACAUUCGAGACAAGACGGCGGUCCCCUACUUCAGUAACCUGGUCUGGUUCAUCGGCUCCCACGUCAUAGAGCUGGACAAGUGUGUUCAGACAGACCAAGAGCAUCGUAACAGGGGGAAGCUGAGUGACUUGGUAGCAGAACAUCUCGAUCACCUCCACUACCUGAACGAUAUCCUUACUAUCAAUUGUGAGUUCCUGAACGAUGUCCUGACAGACCACCUCCUCAACCGCCUGUUCCUACCCCUCUACGUCUUCUCUCUGGUCUGCCCUGAACAGUCUGAAGAUCGGAAGAUCAACCCUCAGGUGUCCCUUAACCUACUGUCACAGGUGUUUCUCAUUAUCCAUUACCAACCCCUGGUCAACUCUCUGGCUGAAGUCAUCUUCAACGGAGACCUGUCUGUCUUCACACAACACAAAAACACAGUGAGCGCAGGCGUGCGUCGGUUCACCAAGCCUCCUGAGUCUCUGGAGCGGUCUCUGGAGCUGUCCUGCAAUCGGGGGCGCAAGCGAGCCCAGAAACGGCCCAACUACAAGAACCUGGGAGAGGAGGAGGAGGAGGAGGAGAGGCCGGGGGGAGGAAGAGAGGAGGGCUUGGAGGAUGGAGAGAGGGAGAAGGCUCCAGGUACAGAAGGGAGUAGUAAAGGGAUCGGCAGGACUAGUGGGGAGAUGGAAGAGAUAGAGAUGGUAGUGAUUGAGAAGAGGAAGGCGUCAGAGACGUCAACGGUGACGGAACUGAACAUCACAGAUGAGGAGAAGACUGCUGCUGCUGCUGCUUCACACACACAGAGGAACAGGCCGUUCCUAGACAUGGUGUAUAGUGCUCUGGACUGUAGUGAAGAUGAUUACCAUGCUCUGUUUGUUCUCUGUCUACUGUACGCCGUCUCACACAGCAAAGGUAUCAACAGUGAGUUGUUGGAGCGGCUCCAGUUACCAGUCCCAGACCAGGAGAGGAGCUGUUACAGUCAUGUGUUAGUGGAGAGACUCAUACGAGUGAUGAACGUGGCCUCACAGCCAGAUGGGAAGGUACGUCUGGCUACGCUGGAGCUGAGCUGUCUACUGUUGAAACGGUCGGUCCUCUCCUCCUCUUCCUCCUCCUCUUCCUCUCCUUCUCACUGCAUCAUCAAGGACGUACACCUGGCCUGUCUAGAGGGAGCCAGAGAAGAGAGUCUGCAUCUGCUACGACGCUUCUAUAAGGGGGAGGAGAUCUUCCUGGACAUGUUUGAAGACGAGUACAGGAGCAUGACGAGUAAGCCCCUGAACGUGGAGUACCUGAUGAUGGAUGCAUCCGUGUUGCUUCCUCCUACUGGGACUCCUCUGACUGGGAUAGACUUCGUUAAGAGACUGCCCUGUGGAGGAGUAGAGAAGACCAGACGGGCCAUCCGUGUGUUCUUCAUGUUGAGAUCAUUAUCUCUUCAGCUGCAGGGAGAACCAGAGACACAGCUUCCUCUCACACGCUCUGAAGACCUCAUCAAGACUGACGAUGUUCUAGACCUAAAUAACAGCGAUCUGAUCGCCUGUUUGGUGGUGAGUAAGGAGGGCGGUCAGGCCCAAAGGUUCCUGGCGGUGGACGUGUACCAGAUGAGCCUGGUGGAACCAGAAACCAAACGGCUGGGCUGGGGAGUGGUCAAGUUCGCUGGCCUGCUACAGGACAUGCAGGUGUCUGGCGUAGAGGAUGACAGCAGAGCGUUGAAUAUCAUCAUCCACAAGCCCUCGUCCAACCCCCACGCCAAGCCCCUCCCCAUCCUGCAGGCUAACUUCAUAUUCGCCGACCACAUCCGCUGCAUAAUCGCUAAACAACGCCUGGCCAAGGGAAGGAUACAGGCCAGACGCAUGAAGACACAGAGGAUAGCAGCAUUACUAGACCUGCCUGUCCAGCCCAAUUCGUCAGAGGUCCUGGGGUUCGGCCAGACAGGAAACACUGCUGCCGGCGGUCAACUCCCUUUCCGCUUCUACGACCAAUCACGUCGAGCGCCGAACGACCCCACCGCACAGAGAUCUGUGUUCGCCUCCGUUGACAAGGUCCCAGGGUUUGCGGUGGCCCACUGUGUAUCGCAGCACAGCCCCUCCCCCCUCUCGUCCCCCUCCCCUCCCUCCUCAGGCAGCGGCAGCACCGGACGAUGUGACUCUGUUACAGCCAGCACUAUAUCAGCUAACAGCCCGACAGAUGACGAGACGUUCUUGGAGCACACUCCUCCUUCGUCCUCCGGCGGAGAGGGAGGAGGAGGAGGGGAGUUAACCGGGUCUUAUCCCCCCGUCCCACCCGUCCCAGCCCUGGCGCCCAGCCUCACCCCUGCCUCCCAGCCGAACAUCUCUCUGCUGACGGACGACAACACAGACUCUCUGAGCGUAGAGUCGCUGACCCUGCUACCCCCAUCUGACCCGCCACACCUACACACGCUCAGCUCUCACACACACCUCGGCACUGAUAUGGCUAUCAAAGAGGAGGAGGAGGAGGAGGAAGAAGAGUUAGGGAAGCAGCCAAAGGAGGAAGUGGAAGGGGCGGCGAUGGAGGAAGAGGAGGCAGAGACUGAAACAGAAAAAACUAUUCGAGAGACGGCUGAAGCAGAGGCGGGAACGCCCACUGAGCAAGAUACGCCCCCAGAGGCAGAGGGAGACACGCCCCUUUCUCUGGAUGCAGCUGCAUCAGAAGGGGAGGAGACUGGUCAGGACACACCCACUGGAGAGGAAGCAGAGAAAGACACACCCCCAGAAAGAGGACACACCCACACAGCCUGAGUAAAGAGGACACACCCACCCACCCACACACACCUGAAAGGGGAUACGAGAGUAGCCCCUCUCUAAGAUCACCCCUCCCUUUCCAGUUGUGAUUGACAGCUCUCUGGCUCCUCCCACUUGCCUGCUAGCAGAUGGCUAACUAACAGAGGUGUGUAGUUCCCUGCCUGUCUCUCACACACCAGGAGAGAGAGAGAGAGAGAGAGAGAGAGAGAGAGAGAGAGAGAGAGAGAGAG